AUGAUCCUGGAUUUUUAUGCAACACACAAGACAGACCUUAUUUGGAAGGCUUUCCCUGAAACAACUUUAGCUUCCAAAGGGGAAACUAGCAAUACUGGUCGUAGGGUUAGUGAAGACAGUGUUACCAUGCUGAAUAAUGCUAACUCUAUGGGAAACCACAAAAUUCCCCUUCUGUUAAUAGGAAAACUGAAAAAUCCCAAGCUUUCAAAAACAUUAAAAAUCUUCCCACCUUUUACAAGAAUCAACCAGAGACCUCAAUGGCUGCUAUUUGUUUUGCAAAUGAGAAGAUGGACGUUUCAAAAUGCACUUCCUCCUGCCAGAUGUAAUGAGUUUGCUGCAGAUAAUGGACCAAUCGGUUAUCGCAACUAUGAAACGAAUUUACAGAGCGCAGUGUUGAUGAAGUUUUUGACAGAAGAUGGAAAUGGAGAUGGCAUUGAGGCUCAAAAACAAAAAUUGAAUUUAAAAGACUGCUCCUAUAUCUUGGCGGAAGCAUGGAAUUUGGUGACAACAUUCUCAUUUAAAAAGGCCUGGCAUAAACUGAAAUGCAUUUCAACAAAAGAUGAGGAUUCAAGCAAGAGGCUUGCUUGUGAUUCUUCACACCCUGGAUUGCAAAUUCUCAGUGCCAAUGAAAUCAUUCAGAGUGUGAGAAGAAUCUGA